UUGACAAAGUAAGAUUGUUUGCAGAACCAAGAGUUCUUGGUCCUUGGACAACAAACCUUGACUGAACUGAGGGAUAAGAUCUACUGCUUAACGGACCAUGUGAUGCAAAAGGCUAAGCAGCAUGACCCUUCAGGAUAUUUCCUUAUAGAAGAUACAUUGUGCAACGAUUUGAGGGAUCCCUCUGCAGUAGAUUAUAGUGAACCUAUAUUUGAUUGGCUUAGAAAUUCUAAAGAUGAAGCUCAUAAAAAAUGGGAAUGGAUUGCAGCUGGAGGAUUGCAAACAAAGCAAAAAGCAGUUGUAGGCGAUGUUACGGGCUCACAAUUGCCUCAUUUCAGAGCUGUUGACAUGCACAAGACACAGUUUUGUGACUUGAAAUUUCGACUUGGUGCUGGAUAUCUAUAUUGUCACCAGGGAGACUGCAGACAUACAAUUGUAAUUAGAGACAUGAGAUUGAUUCAUCCACAGGAUGUACAAAACAGGGCAGCCUAUCCGAUACUCUUAUUUCAACUGAAGCCGCAUAUACGAAAAUGUUAUGUUUGUAAAAUAUUUAGAGCAACACAGGUGACUAUAGAUGACAAGUGGGCUCAGGAGAACCCCUGCUACUUCUGUGACAACUGCUAUUACCUUCUUCACUACAAGGACGGUUGUUUGCUGUAUGAUGACUUUUCUGUACACGAGUAUCGACAUGAUUAAUCAUUUUGUACGUAGAGAGUUUAGUUUCACCCGUAACGGGAAGUGGUACAAACAUAUCCAAGUCAUACCACCAUUAUGGAGUCAGUUCUAUGUUCGCUUUAACUACUUGAGUUACAAGUCUCUUGCGACUUAGAGUUUGCAUAUCAUUCAUCAUACCACACCAUUAUUUAACAAUGGGGGCCUACGCUCCAAGAAAAUUUGUCUGUCCAUA